AUGAAAGAAGUAAACUCUUUUCAACUUUUAAGAGAAUAUCAGCGAGAUAUCUUUGAUGUUGCGAAGCAGCAAAAUACUUUACUAGUCAUGGCAACUGGAGCCGGUAAAACAUUGCUAGCCGUGAAGUUAAUUAAAGAGAAACAAGAAAAGCAAUUGCUAGAAGGAAAUAAACAACAAAAGCGUUUAUCAGUAUUUCUUGUUAAUACGGUUCCAUUGGUCAUACAACAAGCUGAUUAUUUGAAAUCACAGCUUCCGUUUCGCAUAGGUAUGUUAUACGGGGAGAUUUCUCUAAAAAUGUGCGAAGAAAUUUUUUACGAUGUAAAGAUGAAUUAUGAAGUAAUUGUCAUUACGGCCGAUUUGUUCUAUCUUUGCUUGGCGCGAGGCUUCCUCUCAAUUCUUGAUUUUGACAUUCUCGUAUUUGAUGAAUGCCAUCAUGCUAUAAAAAAUCAUGCAUAUGCUCGUAUUUUGAUUGACUUCUACCAUGUUGCCAAAGCGACAACGAUACUCGAAAAGAGUCUUCCGAGCAUAUUUGGUAUGACAGCUUCACCGUACACCGGGAAAGCACGAAAUCCUUUGAAAAGAAUUUUUGAGUGGGAGGAAUUAUUUGAUGCCAAAGCUUACGUUGUGUCAAAUAAUCGUCUUUCUCAGCAUAUCCCUAUGACAAAAGAAUUUGUUGUCACUUACAAAAAUCUAGAAAUCGAUGCAUCAAAAAACCCAAUCAUAUGCAUGUGUGAAACAGUUUUUUCAGGCUGUAAGUAUGUGAUGAGGGCGUGUAAAGCUGCCCAAAGUGAGAUUAUGGAAUUAGGUGUUUGGUUUGGUGAACAGAUUUGGCAGUUUCUAGUUGAAGAACUACUAAGAAAACAAUCAAGAAAGAAUUUUGAUGGAAAGCUAUCGAUUGAGGACAAUACAUGCAUCAAUAGUUUUAUAUCUCAAGUGGAGGCAUGGUCGCAAGAGCAAUUAAAACUGUUUUCUGGGUUGAGAGCUCCCAAGCUAGAUGGAAAUGACACGAGCACUAAAGUAUUGACACUCCUGGAAUUUCUUGAGAACUUUUAUAAAGAUAAUGAUACAUACAGAACAAUGAUUUUCGUUGAACGAAAAGUGACGGCUUAUUCUCUUACAAGAUUCUUACGAAAAUUGAAAAAUGAUACCGGAAGACUGAAGAAUAUUCGUCCUUUUCCAUUUAUUGGACAUGGAGAUUCGGAUAUAGCAUCAUUAUCUAUGCAUUUUCGUGAGCAAAGAAGGAACAUUCAUAACUUCAAGCGAGGUGUCUACAAUAUCCUCAUUGCUACGUCCAUAGCAGAAGAAGGAAUAGACAUUCCGACAUGUAAUCUUGUAGUUCGUUUCAAUACUUGUCAAACUGUUACACAGUUUGUACAGUCGAAAGGCCGUGCAAGAGCCCAUGAUUCAAAGUUUAUGCUUUUGGCAAACGAUGCGGAAUUAGCUCAGUAUGAAAAGCUUCAAAACGAGGAGCGCAUUUUGGCGACCGCACUGGAAAGCCUUGAAUCCAAUCGGGAGUUUGCUCACACUCGUGGCUGUAAUAUCAGAACACAGAAUGAUAUUGUUAGCCAUGGAAUAGAUGAAACUGGGGCUUUGCUAGUUGAGUUUUUGGCCAUAGGACUUUUAUAUCAGUAUUGUAAUACAUUGCCCGCUGACAGUAUUACUUUUUAUUAUCCCAGAUUCACUUGUAUAUCGGCAGGUCGAUCGUUCAUAUAUACGGUUGAUCUUCCAAUUAUCUGCAACAUGCCUACUAUACAAGGUUCUCCAUCUGCCAAUUCAAAGAAAGCGAAGCGUUCAGCUGCUUUCUUGAUGUGUAUGGAGCUUAUAAACCGUGGAUUAAUUAACAAGCAUUUACAGCCUCUUGAUUACCGAAACAAAUUAGCGCAUAUGGAAGAAAAAGAAGAAAAAGCUUUAAGAGAUAUCGAGCAUGAUGAAGUCUUUGAACGUAAAAUCCCUCUUUGCUGGUUGAAUAAUUUCACACAAUUCUUUGCAUGUAAGCUGUUUCCUGUAUGUAGCGGCAAAACAUUCCAACCUUUGCUGUUUAUUCAGUCGCAGCGAAUACCACAAUUUAGUAAUAUGCGACUUCGCUCUAAUUUUCAUGAAGUUACUGUUAAAUCAGAAGUACUAGAUAUUCCUUAUACCAUGGAUGAUGAACUGAAGUCAGAACUGGAGUACUCUACCAAACGACUUCUGGAACUGGGUUUGGCUUCUUCACUUAAGGCUAAUGAUUCCAAUCGAUCAUAUUGGAUAGCCCCUUUAAAUACAGAGUGUGUAAAUAAUCUUACACUGAACGACCUUAUUGCCUGGCCAGCGGUUCGUAGUCUUUCUAUAGAAGCUCAAGAAGUCAAAGACGUUACUAUGCUAAAAUCAAAUUUAUUGUUGAUGCGCGAUCCGGAAAAUAUCUUCGAGUUGUACUCGUUUGAAUCACUCAGUCAACAGAAUCAACAGGAAUUUAGCACUGUUUGCAAAAGAAUGCCUUCUCAAUUAAACUACUCACUAAAUAAAAAGCAAUCCAUGCAUUCAAAAAAACCGAGUGCAACUUUACGCUUAAAUCGGAUAUAUCUUACCGGGUUGUCAAAGUAUUUGAAAGAGUCGUGCUUACUUCUUCCUUCUAUACUAUAUUAUAUGGAAUCCCUUUUUCUAACGUCUGAGUUUAUGAGUGAACACGGUUUAAAGUGUUCAUUGACUCACAUAAUGCAAUCUUUAACGACUGAAAAUGCUUCCAUGGAUGAAAAUUACGAUCGUUUGGAAUUUUUGGGGGAUUCAUUUUUGAAAAUUUAUGCCUCUUUAACUGUUUUUUUAAAAUACACCCAUGAUCAAGAAUAUCAAUUGCACGUUCACCGCAAGCAAAUUAUCAGCAAUUACAAUUUGUAUAUGUGUGCUAAAAAAAUCCAAAUAUCGCGUUUUGCAUUAUCUGAACCCAUGGUAAUUCGAAAGUGGUGUCCCUUUGGAUAUGUGAGAGAAAAGAAGGAUGGAAAGAAGUAUCCAUUGUUUCAGUUGUUAUCAAAAAAAAGGUUAGCAGAUUUGGUUGAAUCCACUAUCGGUGCUUGCCUCUUGGAUGGAGGCGUUGAUUCAGGACUUGAGUAUUGUAGGUAUUUAGGCCUUGGAUCAUUAGAAGUGAAGAACUGGUCUGACUGGGAUAACUUUUUUAACAUUGAAUUUUACGUGAGCUUAAAUUCGUCUAAAGUUUUCCCGUAUCAAAAACUUAUAGAAGGUGUUAUUCCCUACACUUUUAAAAACCAUGCACUUUUACGUUUAGCCUUUAUACAUCCAACAAUGCUAUCUUCAGAAGAGCUAUCUGGAUCAUAUCAACAACUGGAGUUUCUUGGUGAUGCAGUUCUAGAGUAUUUGGUUGUUCACUACCUCUUUUAUAGAUAUCCAGAGUUAUCCGCCGGCGAAUUAACGAAUUAUAAGUCCUUCUUUGUAUGUAAUCAUAGUCUUGCAUACGUAGCUUUCACACUUGGCUUGCAUAAGUAUCUUGAAUAUGACAAUUCCGAAAUGUUUAGGUUAAUAUAUGAGUACAAGGAUAUGAUCGAAGAAGCAAAAAUGAACAACGUGCCCUAUUUUUGGCUUCAAAUUGAUCCUCCGAAGUUCAUAGCUGACAUUUUUGAAUCACUUAUAUGCGCCAUCUAUUUGGACUCUAACUUUUCGUUUGAAAGCCUUAAAUUUAUACUACCGUUAUUGGUUGACGUGCUCGGCGAUCCCUUAAAUUUACAAAAGGAAAAUCUGGUUUUGGCUAAAAUUCAUAAACUUCUCAGCUCUCAAGGAUGUUCAAACUACAAGGUUAUACAGGAGGAAGAACAGGAGGCAAGAGAAGAUGAAAAUUUCAAUUUGAAACGAGAGAGCUAUAUAUUUUACAGCGUUUCAUUUGUUCGGCACGAUAGAGUUGUAUGCGUAGGUACCUCUCGAAAACGAAAUAGUGCGAAAAUAAGUAUGAAAAAUAAACUAAAAGGAUUACUCGAUAAAAACUCAAAUUUACUGUUAUACUCUUGUGAUUGUGCUUUUAAAGCGACGAACUGUGUAAAUAGUGAACCUGAUGAAUCAGAAGAAGGUGAUGUUUGUUGA